AUGCCGAUGCCGCCGGUGCCAUGGCCGCGGACGCGAUGGAUGGCGCUGGCCGCGAGCGCGCUGAUCCAGUGCUGCGCGGGGAGCUGCUACUGCUUCGGCGUCUACUCCCCGGCGCUCAAGGCCUCACAGGGCUACGACCAGUCCGCGCUCGACGCCGUCGCCUUCUUCAAGGACGUCGGCGCCAACGCCGGGGUCCUCUCGGGCCUCCUCGCCGCGUGGGCGCCGGGGGGCCGGAGGCGCCCCUGGAUCGUCCUCCUCGCCGGCGCCCUGCUCUGCGUCGCCGGGUACCUCCCCAUGUGGCUCGCUGUCGCGGGGGUCGCGCCCGCGCCGCUCCCGCUCAUGUGCCUCUACAUGCUGCUCGCCGCGCAGGCGCAGACUUUCUUCAACACCGCUGAUGUUGUCUCCGCCGUCGAGAACUUCCCCGACCGACGUGGCACUGUCAUCGGCAUCAUGAAGGCAGUUUUGCCCACAGCCGUCACAUUGGUGCUUAUGUAUUUUGUGGAUGUCCACAACCCCAAUGAACGGUACAACAAGAAAUUCCUAGACGCUUUCUCCCUCAUUGCUGUUACUGUUGCCGGAUACUUGAUGAUUCUCAUAAUCUGUGGUCAAAUUUUCUCGAUAAGCUCAGCUGUGCAGAGCAUUUGUUUCGUGGUACUCUUGAUACUAGUGAUGUCUCCGAUAGCCGUCGCUUUAAAGGCCCAGACACCACAUGAGGAAUCAAUCUCAGAACAAAGGACUGGACUGCUCCGUGAAGAGGUCGCAGAGGAUUCUGACAAUGCUACCUCCAGUACCGCACUUGGGGGAUCUGACCAAGACCUGUCUGCUGGCAAAGAGAACCUGAAUGUAUUACAGGCCAUGUGCAAACUCAACUUCUGGUUGCUCUUCCUAGCAAUGGCUUGCGGAAUGGGAUCAGGUCUGGCCACGGUGAACAAUAUCAGCCAGAUCGGCGGCUCACUUGGCUACACGACCAAGGAGACCAGCACACUUGUGUCACUCUGGAGCAUAUGGAACUUUUCAGGGCGGUUCGGUGCAGGCUUCAUAUCUGACCAUUUCCUUCGCCAGCGAGGAAUUGGGAGGCCAUUCUUUAUAGGUGUUACGCUGCUGAUCAUGAGCGCCGGUCAUGCCAUCAUCUCAUCCGGUCUCCCUGCAUCACUCUACAUUGGGUCGGUGCUGAUCGGGGUGUGCUAUGGGUGUCAGUGGGCCCUGAUGCCGAGCAUAACAUCUGAGAUCUUUGGGCUGAACCAUUUUGGCACAAUAUUCAACAUGGUGGCUGUUGCGAGCCCUGUUGGGUCUUACAUCCUCUCGGUGCGCAUUGUGGGCUACAUAUAUGACAUCGAAUCGCCACCAGAUGAGCACUCAUGUGUAGGUAAGCAAUGCUUUGCGCUCUCUUUCAUGAUCAUGGCCGGUGUCUGUAUGUUCGGGUCUGCUGUUGCGUUUGUGUUGUUUAUCAGAACAAGGAAGUUCUAUAGGCGUGUCAUAUAUGCGAGGUUGCAGUCUUUUCUAGACUAG